AAAAUGAGUAGACUUUUUUGUUUAACUAGUUUGAUAUUGCUUUUAGGUAUCUUUUCAACUGAACUUGGCUCAGUCUCAGCGGCUUGGCUGAAAGCCCAUGCAACUUUCUAUGGCGGAAGUGAUGCUUCCGGUACAAUGGGUGGUGCAUGUGGUUAUGGCAAUCUGUACACAGAUGGCUACGGAAUCAAAUCAGCAGCACUGAGCACAGCUUUGUUCAACGACGGCAAGGCAUGUGGUGGGUGCUAUCAGAUAUUCUGUGAUGCAACCAAAGUUCCUCAAUGGUGUCUGAAGGGAAAAUCCAUUACCAUCACCGCUACAAAUUUCUGCCCACCAAAUUACAAUCUCCCAAGUGAUAAUGGAGGGUGGUGCAAUCCCCCUAGACCUCACUUUGACAUGUCUCAGCCAGCGUUCGAGACCAUAGCCAAGUACAGAGCUGGAAUUGUACCAAUCCUAUACAGAAAGGUUGGAUGCAGAAGAAGUGGAGGAAUCAGAUUUACCAUAAACGGAAGGAAUUAUUUUGAGCUGGUUUUGAUAUCAAAUGUAGGGGGAGCUGGAGAGAUUUCCAAAGUUUGGAUAAGAGGAUCAAAAUCAAAUAAAUGGGAGGUUAUGUCAAGAAACUGGGGAGCAAACUGGCAGAGUCUGAGUUAUUUGAACGGCCAGAGUUUGUCUUUCAGGCUCCAAGCUAGCAAUGGCGGGAUUCGUACAGCUCUCAAUGUGGCGCCUAAGAAUUGGCAGUUUGGACAAUCCUUCAAAUCCAAUGUCCAAUUCUAA